ACAAUACUUUUAGCUGUUACUCUCAGUCACUUGAUUAAUGCUUUCUUUUUUUUAUUUUUUUCCCUUACAGGUGAUUCCAGUGUGGCUUUACAGGCUCAAGAGGAGAUUAUUGAAAUGAAAGAUGUAUUUUCAGUAAAACUGAAACGUCGUUGUUUUGCAGGACAGAAAAAAGGCUUUCAAAACAGACCUAAAUCAUUGAAAGUAUUUGUUAAUCCAAGCAGCCACAAAAGAGAAGCCACUCACAUUUAUUAUGAAAAAGUUGCACCUCUGUUUAAACUUGCUGACAUAAAAACUGAUGUCACAGUAACAGAAUAUGAAGGACAUGCUCUCUCAGUUCUUAAAGAAUGUGAACUGCAGGCAUUUGAUGGGGUGGUUUGUGUUGGUGGAGAUGGAUCUGUCAGUGAAGUUGUUCAUGGGCUACUACUCAGAGCCCAGACAGAUGCUGGGAAAGACACAGACUAUGUAUCCAAGCCUGUCAGGGCCCCCAUUCCUCUUGGAGUAAUACCAGCAGGUACUACAAAUAUUUUGGCCCAUACACUCUAUGGUAUUAAACAUGCAGUGACAGCAACAUUGCACAUUGUAAUGGGACACGUUCAAGCAGUAGAUGUGUGUACUUUCAGCACUCCAAGCAAGCUGCUGCGCUUUGGGUUCUCAGCCAUGCUUGGGUUUGGGGCGAGGACUUUGGCUUUGGCCGAGAAGCACCGCUGGAUGCCCUCCAGUCAGAGGAAGGAUUUUGCUUUCAUCAAAACACUGGCAGAUCUCAAGCCAGAGGAAUGUGAAGUGUCAUUUCUCCCUCUACAAAUUCUGCAGGAGGACUCUCGUGAGAAGGACAGAAAGAAGAAAGAGAGAACAAAGAAAGGUAGCAAGGAUCAAUGGCAGAAAAUUCAGGGUCACUUCCUGAAUGUGAGCAUUAUGGCAAUCCCUUGUCUGUGUUCAAUGGCACCAAGAGGCUUGGCACCUAAUACGAGGUUGAAUAAUGGAAGCAUGGCUCUUAUUGUUGUACAAAAUACCUCUCGAUCAGAGUUCAUAAAGCAUCUGAAAAGAUACACCAGUGCAAAAAAUCAGUUCAAUUUUCCCUUUGUUGAGACCUACACAGUUCGAGAAGUAAAAGUACAACCAAGGCUUAAAUGGGGACCUGAUGCCAAGGAAAAUGUGUGUCUGAAUGCAGAAGGAAACUACCCUUGGAAUAUAGAUGGAGACUUAAUGAAGGAAGCAUCAGAAGUUCAUGUUCGGGUGCAUCCUCAACUUAUUGAUCUCUAUGGAGUGAACACGGAUGAGCUGGAGAGUUCCCAAGUGACAUGCAACUGCAUCUAG